GCGGAAGUGCGCGGUGAUGUCAGAUGAUGCGUGUGAUUGAACGCGAAAUCAAUAUCGACACGAUAGAAGUGCAGCGACAUUAAGCCCCUGUGUUAUGAAUUACAUAGUGCUUUGAAACAACCAGAAACGAUCGAGUCAUACGUGAAGACGCGACUGGAUGAUUUGAACUACGUGAAAUCCGUAGCAAAAAUUUCAUAGAUACAUCGAGAACGUAAAAUUUCUUCAUUGAAGAAAAAUGUGAAGUAUUUGAUUAAUUGAAAUAUUUUCUUCAUAAAGCAACGUGUAAGUUUACAUAGUGCUUUUUAACAAUUAUUUUUAAAAUUAUUAUUAUUACUUGGAAAUUAUUAUAACUUGUAAUUUUAUAGCAAUUACAAAAAAAUAAAUUUAAAAGGAAUAAAAUAAGUUAUAAAUCAUACUUUGAUUGCAAACGUGAAAAUCGUUUCCUAUAUGGGCAGUAAUAUAAAAUAAUGUAAAGUAGUUUUUCUUUCAUGUGAAGUAGAGAAAGCUGUACGCGUGACGGAAGGAAGAAGUGCUCACGCACAAUAGCGGAAGUUAAUUUCAACGACCAUGUUAAUCACUCAGUCUACUUAGUUACACAAUGCUUUUACAAUAAUUAACAAAUCCCUUAGAUUCGCUACAUAAUGCAAUUGCCACGGACGUUUUCGCUCUUUGGUUGCUGCUUUCUGGUAUCGACACUUGUGACAGUAGCCGGUCAAAACGAGCCAAUCUUCGAACUCCCGGUGCAGUUGAUCGGUUUUCCGAUAAUUAUAGCAAGUGUAAGAAUCACCAACUUCCUCAAGAAGCUCGCUUAUGCUUUAAAUCCAGAUACUUAUGUCAGUCGAGUGAAACGAGCACAUCCUUUGAUACACGAGGAAGAGAUCUUAGAUGUUGACCAAGUCGAAAAGAAGCUAGUAGCUGAGCUCGGAAAUAACGUUUGCAUUUACGAGAGAAUUUGUGUCAAGUACGCGGAACAAACCCUUCAAAGAAGAAGUUGGGAACGUGUUCUUAAUUGGAACGAGAUAUUCAGGGAAUACAAGUCGUCGUCCGACCCGAUGAAAGAGAAUUACUUGCUAAGCGUCUUUAUGGGCGACAUUAUCGGCAGUCCGAAGCUAUGUCAUUUAUUGGCGAAGAGAGGAAGAGCCUGCGAUAUUAAUGCCACUACGUCAGAUUAACUAAAAGCUUGACGCGUAGUACUUGAAUCUUUUUUUGUUAAGUCAUAAACAUCUCAAUGCCAUAAACUUACUCAUGAUAAAUUAUAAUCUGUUUGUAUGCAAAAUGUCGAGGCAUGUGUUUGUAUAAUCAUACUUUAUAUUGAUUGUAUAAAAGAUGCAGUUUUCUUUUUAUUAUUAAUUAUUAUUUUUAUUAUUGUUCGUGUGUACUGAUUUAUAUCAAACUAUAAUUUGUUUUUAAUAAAAAAUACAAAUGUAAUGUAAUGUAAUGUACAAAUGUAUAAUUUUAAUAUUUUAAUUACGAAUUUAAUUACAUUUCUUUUUUACUUUAUUUCGUAUAAUUUCGUUUUAAUUCGCUAUAUAUGUCCGUGACAUAAAUAGUUUUUAUCGAUGACACGUGAACUUUCCACUGUCAUGCAAAAAUAAAUCGUUUGACAUUUAAGGAAUCAUACACAAACCCACUAAUUUUCGAAGAAACUCUUGCAAAAAUUGCGCAUUUCAUGCUAGGUUCUUCAACCAAACGUUCACUCAUGAACAUACACAAAUAUAAAACGCAGGUAUGGAGUGAGAGUUGCUUACAGUGACGCGUUACUACCCACGUCUUUCCAACCAAGCGGUUGAUCGGAGAAUCGGUCUCGAAGAAAGUUUCAGUUGGCGCAAAACCUAGAGAGGCGACGCGGUCGUUUGCAUUAAGCAACAAAAUUAACAGUUUAGUGUAAAUUUGUGCAAAUUUUAUUGUAAAUAAAAAAAUCAAAAUAAAUCAAAAUUCGUAACAGAACCA